AUGGCCAGACAAGACACACCUCUCUGCCUCCAUGGUUUUGACCUCAGUGGUCACUUCACUGAUCUUCGACCUCUUGGAACGGGCGUUACCGGCUUGGUCCUGUCAGCUGUGGACCAGCGCACUGGACAACGUGUUGCAAUUAAAAAACUGGUGAUGCGUGAUGCCGUGACGGUGAAACAUGCCCUGCGGGAAGUCAAAAUCACCCGGUUGCUGCACCAUGAGAAUGUAGUCCGGGUCCAUGAGGUUUUGGCACCCUAUGGACGACCUCUGCCCCGAGACCCAACCCAGCUGAGCGCCCUUUACAUCAUCCAGGAAUGCAUGGAGACGGAUCUUGCUCGGCUGCUGGAACAAGGACCGCUACCCACAGGUCACGCUACUCUGCUGUUCUACCAGCUGCUGAGGGGACUCAAGUUUAUUCAUUCAGCAAACGUCCUGCAUAGAGACCUGAAGCCUGCCAAUGUAUUUCUCAACACAGACCAACUGCUGCUCAAAAUCGGAGAUUUCGGGCUCGCCAGGAUAGUCGACCCUCACUAUUCUCAUAAGGGUUAUCUGUCUGAGGGUCUGGUAACUAAGUGGUAUUGUUCCCCUCAUCUCCUCCUGUCCCCCAACAACUAUACCAAGGCCAUAGACAUGUGGGCUGCUGGCUGCAUACUGGCUGAGAUGCUCACUGGACGCAUGCUGUUUGCAGGAGCUCAUGAGCUGGAGCAGAUGCAGCUGAUUCUCAACACAGUGCCCGUGCUGAGAGAAGAGGACAGGCAGGACCUGAUUCAGGUAAUGCCUUCAUGUGUCAGUCAUGGCUGGAAAGUGAAGAAACCCUUUUCUGAAUUGCUUCCUGAAGUGGAUGCUCUGGCUGUGGACUUCCUUAUGCGUAUCUUGACCUUUAACCCCGUGGAUCGGCUGACAGCUGAAGCAGCACUGUCUCACCCCUUCCUCCAGCAGUACUCCUGUCCAGAGGAUGAGCCCACUUCAUUACAUCCCUUCCGCAUCGAGGAUGAACUGGAGGACAGUCUCAUCACCGAGCAGAGUUUGAGUAACAGCAACAGUCAGGCCUCCAGCAUUCACUGGGACAGGUACGAGAACAGUUUAUCUACUGACGUGUGCUGGCAGCACUCAAGUGGGAGGUGUCGCUGCAUGCCCUCUGGCCACAUUACUUCCGAUGUGGGAGACACCACAGAAGAUGAGGAAGUGCAGAGGGAUCCCCGGGCCAAUUCUGCCUCACUGUUAGAGGAGGCUCAGGUCGACCCACGCAAAUAUUCCCAUAGCAGCUCAGCAGAACGUUUCCUGGAAAACUCUCACUCCUCUCUGGACCGGGCCUGUGGUUUCGGGUUUGGGGAGCUAGACUGUGGCCGCUCCUGUGACUACAAAGUGGGCUCUCCGUCAUACCUGGAUAAAAUUGCCUGGAGAGAAGGAAAGCCACAACACUACUCAGAACCCAAGCUGAUUCUGGAUCUAUCUCAUUGGAAGCAUAACAUUAACAGCCUCCCUAUGCCCAUCAUGCCCCUUGGUGGCAGUGUGGAGGAUCUGGGAGAGAGGAAGGAAGAGGAAACAGAAGAAGAGAAGGAGGAGGAAACAGGGAAUUUAUUCCAGGAGAUCUCUCGCUGGGUAGAGAGCACCCAGUCUCGUCUGCACUCGCCCAGUCCCAGUCUGUCUUUGGAGCAACGUUCACCCCUGUGCUACACCUCCUCUCCCCCUCUCCCCCUCUCUCCCACUGACCUCCCAACUCCAGUAUUCCACUACACGGAAGUUGUGCGACAACCAUCCGCUGACUAUGAUGAAGAUAGACUCAGUCCACUUCCGGCUGUCACCCCAUCCUCUCAUUCUCUUCCUUCACUUCUCCCUUCAUCUCCCACCUCUCCACUUCCUCCACAGUCACCUCACACAGCGUCUCCACCCAUCUCACCUCUUUUUCUUCCCCCAGAAUCUCCACCUCUUUCCUCUACUUCCUCGAUUUCUCAGCCAGUAAAUGAUGAUUCCCUGGAAUCACUUCCUGUAAAGCCAAAAGAGCGUUUGUUUGACUUGGAUGUGUUCAUCUCUCGAGCGUUGAAACUGUGCAGGCAGAAUAAGGAGAAAGGAGAUGGGAAAAAAGGAAAAGAAGGAGGGUGGAGGGAAGAGAGCAAACAGCCCAACAUUAACCGACGGGUGCCCAGGUUUCCAGAGCAUAGGACUCCACCACCGCAGACUUGA